CUUGAGAAGGAAGCCAGCACCAGCUCUGACACCAAAGUUCCUUACAGCACAAAUGGCUGUCUGACCGGAGUUCCUUCUUCUCUUGCCAUUGGCUGAUACCCUUCAUAAAAUACAAUUUGCUGUUUUGCUUUUUUUUUUAAACAAGCAAACUGAAUUACCUGGAGGAGGAAGACAGCAGAGACAGGGGAGACAGAGCCAAGGCAGCUGAAAGAAAGCAAACUCAGGACCUCCUAGAGCUUUCACGUGUGUUAUGAAUCUCCAAGAGAGGGAUACUAAAGCUUUCUGUGUCUCUCAGGCUGAUUUGAACACAGAAGCCUUUCCUUACACAGAACAUCUCAUGGAAUUCGUAGUUUGUGGAAGAUACUUUGGGAAGUGCUGACCUAAAGAAAAGACUUUUUCUUUUUUCUUUUACAUCAUUUACAUACCAACCAUGUUUUCUGAGUUGCAUCUUCACAUCAGUCUCUGAAGGAGAAUUGAAAACCAUAUUUUCGGUAUCGGAAAUACAUUUACAAAGCAUCCAUUUGGCAUGGAAAGAAAACUUGUGUCCUUAUCUCCAUCCAUCUCCGCAUCAGAAAUGGAAAUUAACAGCACCUUCAGCGAUCACCAUAGCAACAGGAACUGCACAGCUGAAAACUUUAAGAGAGAAUUUUACCCCAUCGUGUACCUGGUAAUAUUUAUCUGGGGAGCCUUGGGAAAUGGCUUUUCCAUAUAUGUUUUCCUGCAACCUUAUAGGAAGUCCACAUCUGUGAACAUUUUCAUGCUCAAUCUGGCUACUUCGGAUCUCUUGUUCACAGCCACACUGCCCUUCAGGGUGGACUAUUACCUCAGAGGGUCCAAUUGGAUAUUUGGGGACCUGACUUGCAGGAUUAUGUCUUACUCUCUGUAUGUCAACAUGUACAGCAGCAUUUACUUCCUGACUGUGCUGAGUGUGGUGCGUUUCCUGGCCACCGUUCACCCCUUCCGGCUCCUUCAUACCACCAGCAUCAAGAAUGCCUGGAUUGUUUGUGGCAUCAUAUGGGUCUUUAUCAUGGCUUCCUCAAUAACGCUGCUGAACAAUGGCUCUGAGCUGAAGGGCAAUGUCACCUUGUGCUUGGAGCUGAAUCGGAAUAAAGCUCCUAAACUGAAGACCAUGAACUACAUUGCCUUGGUGGUGGGCUUUCUGCUGCCCUUCUGCACGCUCAGCAUCUGCUACCUGCUGAUCAUCCGAGCUCUGCUGAAGGCGGAAGUCCCAGAGUCAGGGCUGCGGCUUUCUCACAGGAAGGCAUUGACCACCAUCAUCAUUGCCUUGGUCAUCUUCCUCCUGUGCUUCUUGCCCUAUCAUAUACUGAGAACCCUCCACCUGCUCCAGUGGGAGGCGGAUACAUGCAGUGACCUGCUGCAUAAAGCUGUGGCCAUCACACUGGCUAUGGCGGCAGCCAACAGCUGCUUCAACCCUUUGCUUUAUUACUUUGCUGGGGAGAAUUUUAAGGACAGACUAAAGUAUGCACUCAGGAAAGAUCAUCCACAGGAACCAAAGUGCAGCUUUCCUUUCUGUGUGUGGCUGAAAAACGAAACAAGAGUGUAAGGGGUUCUUGGGCAAGGCUGUUCCUAUGUCUUGUGUCCGCCUUCAUCCAAAAGACCAUGUAUUUACACCAUUCCCAACAAAGGUCGAUUCCCAAGA